AUGUGCCGAUCUGUGUCAAUUGCGUAGGAUAUCUUACAAUACAGUUUGUAUUGUGAUACAGUUCGUAUAUAAAUGGUUUAGGUAUUUAUAUUGACAUAGUUCAUAUUAGUAAGAAUAAAUGAUAGAUUUCAAAUAAAUUUCCGGCUGAGAAUGAUAUUUUAAAUAUAAGGAGAUGGAAGAACAAGCGUGUCCACGUUGCAAGACAACGAAAUAUCGAAAUCCAUCCCUUAAGUUGAUGGUCAAUGUUUGUGGUCAUACUUUGUGCGAAAGCUGUGUUGAUCUCCUAUUCCUCAAGGGUUCUGGAGCGUGUCCAGAAUGUCAGAUACCUUUAAGGCGCACAAACUUUCGUGUGCAGAUGUUUGAAGAUGCAAUGGUAGAAAAAGAAGUGGAUAUACGUAAGAGAAUAUUACGAGACUUUAACAAGAAGGAGGAGGAUUUUGAUACACUACGGGAAUAUAAUGAUUAUAUAGAAGAUAUUGAAACCAUUAUAUACAACCUGGCAAAUAAUAUAGAUGUAAUGGAAACAAACAGAAAGAUUGAGCAGUACAAGAAGGACAAUCGGGAACAGAUAAUGAAGAAUAAAUCGAAAUUAGGGCGUAAGGAGUAUGAGCUGGAAGAAUUGUUAGAGCUAGAAAGACAACAAGACGAGGAACGUAAGCAAGAACUAAUUCGUCAGGAGCUAGAAAAUAAAAAGAAGAAGAUCCGCGAAAAGGAAGCUCUUAUAGACGAAUUAAUGUUCUCUGAAGGAAAUGCCAAGAACAUAGUAGAGACAUUUGCUUCAGCGAUCCAGGCUAGUAGAGAGGAGGAAAAAUAUACACCAGUUACAAAGGCAACGCAGUUCAGUACAGGAAUCAAAUUUGGCAAGCAGACCAACCAGGGCUUUCUUCCAAUUCCAAAAGCGGAAGAGGGUCCAAGUUACAGCUAUACACCAAUCCGACAACAAAUCGAAGGACCAUCGCCACCGGGAUGGCGAGAAUUACAAACGCGAGGAUACGUAUCACACGUACGCGCCGAGACUCAAAGUGACAGAGCCGGUGGCUUUCGGGCAAAUAUUGCAUGUCUUCGUGCUCUCCAGGAAGCCAUGGCCAGUUUAUAUCACAAUCCCUCACAGCGUUCAUUAGAACCAAUGUCUAUAUGACCAUGCGAGUGCUUACAGAACUAAAAAGAAUCGAAUAAAGCAAUCUUAAGCUUUAAUCAGGGUUGUAUUAGUAUUCAAUAUAAUCUUCUACAUAACAGUCUA